GACGGAUAAUCCUCCCAGUCCUUGGCCCGGAAUACAAUCAUAAUAAUAAUAACAAUAACAAGAGGUAUUGCUGCCUGCAUGGAUUUGGGUGGGACCUCGAACUAAUGCUGCAUUUGCACUGUACCAAUUCGAAGCUCAUAAUCUCACACACAAAAACAACCAACGCAAUACACUGUACAUAAUACAACUUCGACUACAACUCACCCCUCAAAGCCAACUAAACCACACUCCUACCUCUCAUCUAUUCUACAUUGUAUAUUCUCCAAUUCCUGAACAUUGCAUCUCAUCCUGUCAUAAUCAAAACCUCGGCCACAAUCGUCGCAUGAGCUAAUCCAUCUUCGAUGCGUGAGUGAAUGUCUUUUCCCCAGCUUCCCAGCUUAGAAUGUCACUAAUCAAUUGUCCUGCUCGAUAGCCACCCUAUAGACGCCAUCUUUGACUUCGCGACAACGGAUCGGACACGUUCUGUUGAUUCUUCCUUCAAUUGUACACAUUGGCCACAUUGGCCCGAGCCAUCAUGGUGGACUUUAAUUCAUUAAACCCUCUCAAGGCUACCAAACGACACACGCAAUAUUCAGGUGUAUCUGCCCAAGAGGAGCCGCCUCAAGAGUAUGAUAGUGAGAAGUAUGGGCACCAUGAAGAUUCCGACGACGAAGAUUCGGACUAUUCCUCCUAUCCAUCAUCACCCUCCUCUUCGCGAGAGACAUCAAAUUCAUACCAUUCCAAUGCUCCGAUACUACGAAAAAGAGCGAAUACAGCCACCCAGCGACCAGCCCCCCGAAGACUACCUCCCAAAGUUAUGAGGUAUCUAUGUUUAGCCAUGAUAUCGACAAUAGUUAUAUUUAUGUUGAGUUUGAUUCGGAUGAGCCAUCUAUCAACACAAAAGGUUCAAGAUGGCCAUGUAUUAGUAGCGCCGCCUCCACUCUGGGAAUCGUUUCCAUUUUUAUCGCGAUAUUAUGGUGGAAUAAGAACGUUGGUGCCACUUUCUGAAAACAAACCAGAGUAUCCUCGUGAAGAGGAUGAGUUGCCUCUGCAAAAUCAGACCUCGACCGAGAAAAUGGUUACACCUGUGCGCAGUCUUCCAGCCAGUAAACCAUUCCAGCCAUAUACCAAUAUUACAUCCGGGGUUUUCAGUGACGAUUACGCGCCUGUCCAGGAGUGUUUUCUCAAUCGCGAGAAUACUGUGCGUGCGCCAAGACUACAAUAUUACGAAGGCCGACCAAGCGGAUUCCCGGAUCAUAUUAUGGGCUCCUACGAAGUUCUCGGGUUACCAGAAGAUAUUUGCUUCGAACGAUAUGGCAGAUUAGGACCUUAUGGUUAUGGAUAUGGCAUGCGAUAUGGGGGUACUGGAACAGGCCAACAUGGAGAGAUGGAGGGGUCUGAUGCCGUCUGGGCAGACAACUCAAACGCUGAGAAGAUGGACUCUGGGCAGGUCGACUACCGAAAGGUUGACUGGGCCGAUGCCCAGAGGAGAUGCCACCAAAGAAAUGCGGCACGCUUCCAACCAAUUGAACCUGUCAUUAAAAAGCCCACUACCUUUUCAACCAUUACUGAGCAACAAGAUGGCCAUUUGAUCACUAGGGAUGGAUUAGUCGAUCCCGUCCUCAAUACCACUUCCAGUGCAGUCGAUACCACCUCCAAAGUAGCUGCAACACCACCCAAAAAGUACGUUCCACGAACUGCGUUUGUCAUUCGACUCUGGGACGAAUAUCAGUGGCGCGAAGAGGACAUCAUGGCGUUGAGAGCAUUGAUAUCCGAGAUUUCUAUUGGUUCGGGUGGCCAAUACGAUGUUCAUCUCUUGGUUCAAGUCAAGGAUCCUGCUGUACACCCUGUCUUCGCCGACGAAGAAACAUAUCAACAGCAUUUGAAGGAUUGUUUACCAGCAGAAUUCGUCGGAAUUGCUACGUUCUGGGGUGAAACUCAAAUGCUUAUGCUUUACCAAGGCUUGUUUGACACUUUCGCUCGAGGCCUACCAGUUCAUGGAUCUUACCGGGGACUUCAGAUGGCAAUGCAAUGGUUUGCUCACAACCAUCAAGAGUAUGAUUUCUUUUGGGAAUGGGAGGUUGACAUUCGAUACACCGGACAUUGGUAUGACUUUUUAUCAAAAAUCGAUUCCUGGACCAAGGAGCAACCCCGGAAAGGACUGUGGGAGCGUAAUAGCAGAUUUUAUGUCCCGGAAGUUCAUGGUACAUGGGAAGAUUUCAAACAAAUGGUCCGUGUACAAACUGAGAUUGGAACUGAAAGCCCGAACAAUAUGUGGGCUGGUAUAAACGGCCAAAAAGGUCAAAAGAGCGGACCAGUACGCAAAGGCGAGAAGCCAAUCUGGGGACCUGAAAGACCUUCAAACAUGGAUGAUUGGUUUGAAACUGAGAACGAUCCAGUUCCUCCAACUAGCUAUGACAAAGAUAAGUACACUUGGGGUGUGGGUGAGGAUGCUGACCUUAUUGUUUUCAAUCCGCUUUUUGAUCCGGACGGAACUACCUGGCUUCUUGCAGAGGACGUCACAGGAUACAACCUCACUGGAGGGUUGCCACCUCGCCGGGCGACUAUUAUUGCAGCAUCUAGGAUGUCUCGCAAACUCCUCAACACUAUGCAUCGUGAAACUACAUUUAUGAAGCAUCAUGCUUUUACGGAAAUGUGGGCUCCAACGGCAGCGUUGCACCACGGUUAUAAAGCAGUCUCUGUCCCUCAUCCACUGUUUGUCGAUCGUGAAUGGCCAACUGAAUACCUUGCAAGCAUUAUGAACGGCGGGAGGAAUGGUGCAACUGGUGGAGCAAGAACAUCUGUGUUUGGUGACCGUGAACAUAACCUCCGAGGAAUGACUUGGUUCUACAACACUGGAUUCGCACCCAACUUGUGGCGAAGGUGGCUUGGCUUUAAAGUUGACAAUGAGGGAGGUGAAGAAUUUGAAAAGACUGUUAAUGAGGGCAGAAAUGGGCAACAUGUCAAUGACAUGAGAGGCGGAGAAGGCCGAAUGUGCUUACCGCCUAUGUUAUUACACCCCGUGAAAGGUGUAGAAAUACCAGUGGAAGGACUGCCUCGUCUAAAUGAGGAAGAGUUGCCAGAAAGCGACCCGACGGCUUGAUUUGAACAUAUUGUCACACAUAGGAGUACAAAACCUUAAUCUUGCUUUAUGGUGUUCCCUUGAAAAACUCUCGAAUACGUUUUUGAUUCUAUUCUUUCAUCCUUCUUUUCUGCGAUUGCUUGCUUGGGAUAAAGGCAUUGCUGGUAUGCGUGGCGUUUGAGCGGCAUGAGUAUGGUAUAUGAACGAAAACGAUUUGCAUCUUUUUUUUUCAAGACGAUAGACGCUAGGAUUUGAUGUUCCUCUGGGAGGAAUAUAGGUCGAAGCGAUGGAUGGUUGUCAAAUCAGGAUACGGAUUGGUAAUUGGACGAUGAGAAAUGUAGUGCUUUGAACCAGAGUAGAGGAUGGUAUAGAUAGAUAGGUACCUUAUAGCUCAUGGUGAUGAAUAGAUAGAAUGAGGGGACCCACAAACAAAACUUCAUAGAGUAGAAUACCUAAAUUCACAUGAAUUACA